UUGACAAUUUCAAUUGGAGUUCAACAAUGGCGAAUUUUUCUAGAUUUUUUAACUUCUGAGGAAAUAUAUGCCGUGGCAAAUUAAAUAAAACGUGAUUAAAAUACGGAAAAUGUAUUGUUAAUUACAUGCACAAAAUAUUUAUUAAAACAGUGAUGAAAGUAACAAAGUCUAAAAAGUGUGGAAAAUAGAGUAAAUUUAUGGAAAAGAAAAUGAAGUGUCGGUGGUUGGUGAUGUCGCGGUCGUGGUGGAACGUCGCAGUUUGUUUCGGAUUGUGUGUUUUGAUUGCAUCAGCCGCGGUGUCGGCAAAAACACCAGUUAAAAGUAAAAUAAAUGUUGUAACAAAUGCACAAAAUUUAACUCAAGAAAAUGACAAUCGUAAUAUUACCGCAAAGGAUAAUGUCGCAUCCGACCAAUUACGCGCAUAUCGUAUGAGAGAGGCGUGCACUGAUCUGGCCCGAGAUGAAGAAACGUUAAUGGUUUUCUCGACAUUAGGGGGCGGAUUAACGGCAAUUGAUCCAAUAACAAGUGAAAUUCGUUGGACCAUAGCAGACGAACCGCCGGUACGCGCCGAUCAGGAACAAAAUGUGGAGGUGCCACAAUAUUUGCCAGAUCCACGUGAUGGCAGCAUUUAUCAGCUUAGCGAUAUGGGCAACUUGAAGAAAUUGCCCUACACUAUACCACAACUGGUGGCUAGCGCGCCCUGCCGUUCGUCCGAUGGCAUAUUAUAUUCGGGAAAGAAAAGCGACACUUGGUUCGCGGUUGAUCCAAAAUCGGGUAAACGCGAGACUGUUAUGGGUUUCGGAAUGGAUACCGCUGAAGCUACAGAACAAAACGAGGAAAGUAAGAAUAAGGCUACACAUAGCACAUCGCGUUCAAUUUACUUGGGACGUACGCAGUACACCGUUAUGAUGUACGAUAGUUUGGCCAAGGGGAAAAAUGUUAAACCCUGGAAUAUCACCUUCUACGAUUAUAGUGCACACACAAUGACGCCGGAUAUAUCGAAGGAGUAUGAGUAUCUGCAUUUAACCACCACAUCGAACGGCAAUAUCGUAACUUUAGAUAGAAAGAAUGGCAAAUUUUUGUGGAAGCGCGAUUUAACAAGUCCAGUGGUAGCUGCAUUUCUACUCGGCUCGGAAGGUUUGUUAAGCGUGCCCUUUACUACCGUAUCCGAUGAGGCUUUCGAAUCCAUUAUAGAGGAGUCCAAAACCGGCAAUGUGAACACCGUAAAGUUGUUUCAAUCGCUUUACGUGGGUGAGCACAGUCAUGGCUUAUAUGCUUUACCUUCGCUGGUGGAUAAGGAGACACCACGCAUUUCGGCAAACCCUCCAAUAAAAUUGUUGGAUGGCCCUAAUUCCGCAGAGGAAUCAGACCCUAAAAUGGUAUAUAUCGAUGAUGUGAUACGCCAAAAUGCUGGCAUUGUGCUCGGCCAUUACAACAUGCCGACAGACAGUAAUUUGCAAAUAUCGCCCUCGCCGUCGAAAGAUGACAACAAUCAAGGCUUAGCCACCAUCAAUCAUUUUCCCGAUGUCACUACAAUGGGCUCAAAUGGCUAUAGCAUAAUCACAGGUUCGAAUAAUGAAAAGAACUCAGCCGAAAUUGGUGUACAAACUGAUCCCGUAAUUGAAAUGAAAAUAGAGUCGACAAAUGCUUUUAAUAAGACAAAAAGGAUCAUUUUGGCGAAUAGUAAUAAAAUACAGAAAUUCAUCAAUGAGUGGUUCAUGGAACAUCCGAGUGGAAAAGUGCAUCAGAUUCUCAUUGUUUUGGUCUUGGCUAUGGUCGCCAUGUUCUGGUAUAUGUGCAGCACUAUGCGUGAGUUGAAGAAUCAGAGUGAAAACGGCUCGAAAACGUACUCGUCCUCCAAUAAGAGUAGCAGCGGCAGCAGUAAUAUGAAUGCAUUGGAUCUCAUCGAUUUGGGCGAUGGUAAUAUACGUGUUGGAAAAAUAUCUUUCAACUCGAACGAAGUGCUGGGUAAAGGUUGCGAGGGUACAUUUGUGUUUCGAGGCACAUUUGAGGAACGCUCUGUGGCGGUGAAACGGCUGCUGCCCGAAUGUUUCACAUUUGCUGACCGUGAAGUGGCCUUGCUGCGCGAGAGUGAUGCGCACGAGAAUGUGGUGCGAUACUUUUGUACCGAACAAGAUCGCCAAUUUCGCUAUAUAGCGGUAGAGCUUUGCGCGGCCACGUUGCAAGAUUAUACAGAGGGUGAACGCAGCGCUGAUUUGCGCAUGCAAAUCAACGUGUGGGAGGUAUUGCGCCAAGCGGCAGCCGGCCUCAGUCACUUGCAUUCAUUGAAUAUCGUGCAUCGGGAUAUUAAGCCACAAAACGUGUUACUUUCACUGCCCGAUGUUAGUGGCACCGUGCGUGUGAUGAUAUCCGAUUUCGGUUUAUGCAAGAAGUUGAAUUUUGGCAAGACCAGUUUUUCACGACGCUCCGGCGUGACCGGCACUGACGGUUGGAUUGCGCCAGAAAUGAUGCGCGGUCAGCGCACGACAACCGCUGUGGACAUUUUUUCACUUGGCUGCGUCUACUAUUAUGUGCUUUCCACUGGCCAUCAUGCGUUUGGUGAUGCGCUCAAGCGACAGCAUAACAUACUAACACAUGAAUAUAAUUUGUUUAAACUUAAAGUGGACACAGAUGAUGAGGCUAACGUGCCAGAGGAGGCUAGCAAGUUUAUACUUGCCGAACAGCUGAUAGCAGAUAUGAUACAUAAAGAUGCGCAAAGUCGACCGCUCGCGCGCUGUAUAAGCGCACAUCCAGUCUUUUGGAAUAAUCAGAAGAUUUUGGCUUUCCUACAGGACGUCAGCGAUCGCGUUGAAAAACUACAAUUCCAUGUGGAGCCAUUGAAGUCGCUGGAGAAGAAUGGUCGCUGCAUUGUGCGCGGGGAUUGGAACGCACACGUUGAUCCGCUCAUAACGGAAGAUCUGCGCAAAUAUCGCGGCUACAUGGGUGCCAGUGUGCGUGACCUCUUACGCGCGCUGCGCAAUAAAAAACAUCAUUAUCACGAGUUGGCGCCGGAAGUGCAGCAGAAGCUGGGCUGCAUACCGAACGAUUUCACGAACUAUUGGAUUAAUAAAUUUCCUGAGUUGAUAUCACACGCCUAUCAUGCGUUUAGCAUAUGCGCCGAGGAGCCCAUCUUCAGGCACUAUUAUAAUGCCGAUUACCACUUCAGUCGUCCGUGGUAUUUUGAUGCGGAUGAAAAUCUCUUUCCAUCACUACAAAACGACCCCAAGCAUUUAUUAAAACAAAACAAAGAUGGCAGCGCCAGUCCGAAACGGCUGCCGCGCACGCCCGAAAAGCAGCAACAAUUAAAACAACGAAAGGGUAUUUAUAAUUUCCGCAAAACCUCAGAUGCGGAGUUAACUGGUGUGGGUUUGCAAAGAAAUUUGGAAUUGUCGACGCCUGUUGCCACAGCGACGGCGGAGGGUGAAGAUGAGGCAGGCAAUGGCAAUAGGCGUGAUGUAUUUGCUAACUUCAAAUUUCGACGAAACUACGGCAAAUCAACGAACCGUAAUUACGGCAAUGUAAACGCGAACGCUAAUACCAACGCGAAUAACGGUGGUAAUAAAGAGAAGAGCAUCACAUGGACAUUGCCUGGCAAACAGGCCACUGAGGAGUGAAUAAGAGUAGUAAAAUAAUACCGUAAUAUUUAAGAAUUGCGAGUAAUACUAUUUUUAAGUAAACUUUUAGCGAGUAUUUAGUCUAAAUUUAUAAGUUAUUGUAAUAUUUGUGUAAUUUUUACUACAAAUAAUGUUAUGUUGAGCAGUUGGAGAACAGUGCAGCGUUCUCCUGGUGGAGUGCAAUGGCAAAUCAGACUUUCUACUUUGAAACAACGCGUCUCUACGGUUGAUAACUGUUGGUUUGCUGCGGAAUUGCGUAUUAAAUAUGAAUUUCAAAUGUUGCAAAUUUAAAAACGUAUUAGAAAUUGUAAAAGUAAAUUUGAUAGGCUUUAAUAGAUGUAUAAUAUUUAUAAAUAUGUUUGCAGAAAAUAUUUCUUGGAUUUACAAAUCGUACUAAUUUGUUUAUAAACUGCAAAAAAAAUGUUUUAAACAUUUUAAGCUUAAUUUGAGCUUCAAGCGUUUGCUGUUGAAGUCGUUUUUAUAGUUUUUCUUUCAGUUUUCCGUUUUAAACAUUUGCGCAUGCUUAGUGCAGUCGCAAAUAGAUUACCUUCUCCAUUAAUUAAUAUUCUUUUAUUUUAAUGCACUUAAAUAGGCUAGCAAAAAUUUAUUUUGUGUAAUUAUUGAAAUAUUAAUUGUAUACAAUUUCUUUAUUCCAAUUACGAAAGAAUAUUAUCACUUUAUGUGGAAAUUUUUGUGGAGAAAGUGAAAAAAAAUCAUAUUAUGAAAUAUAAAAUGCAGCAUAUCCAGUCUACAGUUGAGCGAAAAAGCUAUUAUUGCAUGAAAAUAAUUAUAAAUGAAAAAUAAUUUAUAGCUUUCAAACAAAACACAACAAAUACGAGAAUCUGCUUAUCUAUAAAAAAAAUAUUUAUUCCGCACUGCAGCCUUUUUAUUGCCAGCGCGGUACAUCGAGCGAUGCUUAUCAAUUGCGCAAAUAUUUGCAUAUAUUUUCUGAGCUAAUAUUUUACUACAAUCGACAGCAAAUACUCCGCUCUACUGUAGACUGCAAAAAUGUUGUUGUUUUGUUGUCAGAAAAGGUGUCUGUCAAAUGCACGUAAUUUGUCUGUGAUAACAUUUAUUGUUAAACUUAAGAAAUUUAUAAUAAAUAAGUGCUUACUGUUUAAGCGUUUUCAAUUGCAAGCGUUCAAAGAGAAACAUUAUAAAUGUGUAUUAUGCUUUCAUAUACAUUUAUAUAUAUAAAUUUAUGUAUAUAUAUAUCGUCACCUAAUAUGCAAAAUAACGUAACAUCACUUUUCAUAAGUUUACAGGCCAAGGAAAAAACGAUAUAAUAGAAAACUUUGAGUUUUGGUUAUAAAAUGGCUAGAUAUUGGUUAUCAUACACUCAUGCUGACACAAAAUUAUAGUUUUCGUUAUAAAAUUUAUUAUAUCUGACAACGAUAUUAAAAUUUUGUUUGGAUGAUACGUUGUUUUGCAUUUUAGUUGAUGAUAUAUAGCAUAAAUAAUGCAUACGUGUAUAUAACUAUGUUCUCUUGCAAAUUUUGCACUCAAACUUACCAAAUUCCAUUUUUUUUCUAAAUUCUUUUACAUUUAAUCAAAACAAUUGUACUAAUUAAGUCGAACUAUUGUACUUUGUUGAUAAAUUGUUUUAUUUCAGCGCUUGCAAUUAAACUUAGUAAGACAUAAAUAAAAAUAAAUAAAUAAACUAUGUAAAUAUACCGUUAUUUGUGUAUGCAUGCACUUGUAAAUGCACUUUUAUGUGACAUGAUAUUUCAUUAUUACUUUAUAAUUAGCCUAAGUUGAUAAAAAAUUUAUUCCUGACAAUUGUAACCAAAUAUCUAACUGUAUCUGCGUAUCUACUACUACCUUUAAUUUUUUUCCGCAAAUAAAUAUUAAAGUUUAGUUAAAAGAAACCAAA